GAUGAAGCCAGCUUUGUCACUUCUCCUGUCUGCCUUUCCCUUUGAUUCUUUCAAGAAAGAGAAGGCAGAAAAAAAUAAAUGAUAAAAUCAGAUAAAUAACAGUAAUAAGAAUAUGAAUUAUACUAUUUAAUGCGGCAUUUCCCUGCAAAUUCAGACCUUUUUGUACUGCACCCCCCGUGAACAUACCCAAUCUUUUGAAUCCAUGUAUUUCAUUCCCAAUUUGGCAUUAUUUUUCUCUAACUUCUCAGUUCUCACCACAAGUGUUACAGUUCCAAGAGUCUUUCUCUAGAGCCAAAGGACUCUAUUGGGCAGUUUGUUUUUGUGCACUUUGUAUUGGGUUUCUCUCCCCUGUUUCUCUACCUUGAGUGCGGAAUUUCAAGGCCUAUUUGUUAGGGAUGCAUCAGAUGCUUCACAAGUAGAGUGAGAUUUUUGGUGCUUUAGAGCCAACAUUCUUUAGGUUUGUUUUUUAUGUUAAAAGUGAGUUCCCAUUUUCUAGACACCCAUUUGGGCUGGUUUGAAUUUAAUAGUCUGAUAUCUGAGUUUUCAAUUUGUGGACCCUUGUAUGUUCUUUGGCAACAUGAAGCCUUAGAUUUGAGCUUUCAAAGUCUAUUCUAAUUCCCCAUGUUGGGUUUCUUGAGAACCCGAGGUUUGGUUCUGUACUUUUUCAUUGUGCUAUUACUUUGAGUUUGGUUUUGUAGAUCCAACUGCAGUUUCUGGUUUUCUUCCUGGCCGGAAUCCGGUGAAGGUUCAAGAUUCAGACUUUCUUCAACUGUGGUUUCUAUGCUCUUCUCAAUUUUGAAAGCCCAUUUAGAAUACUGAAUUUUUUUGCCAAGAAGCUGGGUUAAUUCAACAUUCAUUCUGGUUCUACUAGUAUUUGUUCCCCUGUACUUGCUCAUUUGUCCCAAUUUAAUACUCUUGUUUUGAGAACUGGUGCUGGUUUUAAUGGUCCCACCAUCCUUCAAAUUGGCUUCGUAAAACCCUGGGGCAUACUGAAUUUCAUGCCAAGAAGAAGCUGGGUGAAUUCAAGAUUCACACUGGCCCUACUUGUGUUACUUCCCUGUGCUUGGUGUUAUGAAGCUAUUUCUCAUAAUUCAAUACUAUUAGUUUGAGAACUGGUUUUCUUUCUGAUACCUUUCGCUACUUAGUUUUGAAAACCCAUUUGAAAUUCUGAAUUUCCUGCCAAUAGAAACUCUGUGAAUUCGAGGUUCAUUCUGAUUCUACUAGUGUUACUUUCCCUAUACCUGGCUGUGGACCCUUUCACAUAAUUCAAUUCUAUUAUCUUGAGAAUCGGUACCCUUCCCAGGUUCGGCUCCCAUCACUAGCCUACUCCACUUCAAAGAAAAAUCUUGAGAAUUUGGCACCCUUGCACUUGAAAUUGAAAAACCAUUUGGUGUUUCUGAUAUUCCUGGCACUAGGAAUUACUGAAGUAGAUUGAAUUCGAGAUCUAGAUUGGUUAUUAUGAUGUUGUCACCAUUUCUAUACUUGGUUUUCUAGAUCCAUUUUGUUAAAUCUGAUACUAAUAGGUUUUCUAGAUCCAUUUUGUUAAAUCUGAUAGUAAUAGGACGUAUUUUGGUGGUGGUUCCAUGGUGAUAUCAAACUUGUACUUGGCUCUCUAAACCCAUUUUUAACAGAACCCAUUAGAUGUCUUCCUGCAUAAGUGGAGGCAGCCGAACAUAUGGAUUCGAAAGGGGGCGCCCAUCUCCCCUACAAAGCAUCGCAAAAGCCCCAGUUUCUUCAAACCAUAGAUCCCCUUCAUCCUCCUCCUCUACGCUCUCAGACUCUAACAAUGCUACCUCCCUUACCAUCUCCACAAAGAAGUCUCGAACCCCUCGAAAAAGGCCUAACCAGAUAUACAAUGAGGCAGCUGUGCUUCUCUCUACUGCAUAUCCAGCCAUCUUCUCUCCCCAAGCUCAUCGACUCCCCAAGCUUUGCAAACAACCCAAUAGGCCAUUGGUUAUCUUAGAGACUAAAGACUCUGAAUUGCUAGAUGAGCCAAGCCCUCGACCCUUCUCUGAUUCAUGCUUCAUCCUCUUGACACCUAACCCACCUGAACCCGAUGCCCUAAGUCCAUGCCCAAACCCAGCUAGCUCGGGGUUUGAGUGCAAUUUCACCCCGAACCACAAUUCUUCAGUUGAUUCCCCAAUGUCAGUUGGUUCAGAUCCCGAACCCAUAUGCCCUACUGUCCCUGAGCCCAAGAGCUUGUUGAAUUCUCACAGUGAAUCGCACUUUGAAGGAGAUUUUGAUACUGAAUCUCUCUUGGAUGAGGAAUUGGGGUGUGGGAUCGAUAGUAUAUUGGGAGAAGCCCUAUCUCACUAUGAAGAUGAAGACAGAGACGAAAACUGCAAUUCUAAGUGGUUUACUAGCUACAACAAUCAAGUGGCGCAGUUUGGGUGGUAUAAUCCAAGUUGGUCUGACUGGUUUGAGGGGAAGAUGAAUGCGGCACCUCUUAGGCGUGGAAAUGGAGUGGAAUUCUACCAUUUUGCGCCUAGGCAGAGACUAGUUGAUAAGAUAAUGGCAGAUCAAGAGAUGAGUGCAUUGUCUUUUAGUUCAUUGGAGUGGGUUAAGAGGGAUGAGAGCCAAUCGAGGCUGUGGUUAAAGUUAAACCAUGAGGAUGUGUUGAACACAUGGUCAGACCAGGCGCCACUCUAUGCUGAUGAACAAAGGGCCGAAGCUGCAAAUGCUGAGUUGCCAACAUCUGCCGAUGCACUUGCUCACGCAGUUUGAUGUGUUCCCAGAGUUGGGGAAUUGGAGGCAGUUGAGUGAAGAGGGUGGGAGCAUGAGAGAGGCGAGCGUCAUGAGAUACAAGGAGAAGAGGAGAACAAGGCUCUUCUCCAAGAAAAUACGCUAUGAAGUUCGCAAAGUGAAUGCGGAUAGAAGACCCAGAAUGAAGGCAAGUAGUCCAAAUGAGGCUUCCUGAACUUUUCGAUCUGUUAUAUUACAUGGUAUGGCCAAAAUAUCGAAGAAUAGCUAGUUUAUAAACUAUUUAAGCAAAUCCUUCUUUUUGUUCUUGUUUUCAAGUUUCAUAAUCUCUGUAUAAGACCACCUGAAUCCAAGGAAAAAUAAACUGAAUCCAAGUUAAUCCUUCUUUUUGUUCUUGUUUUCAAGUUUCAUAACUUUUUGAUCUGUUAUAUUACAUGGUAUGGCCAAAAUAUCCAAGAAUAACUAGUUUUAUAAACUAUAUAAGCAAAUCCUUCUUUUUGUUCUUGUUUUCAAGUUUCAUAAUCUCUGUAUGAGACCACCUGAAUCCAAGGGAAAAAAAAAACUAUCUUUUGCCUUUUUUAAGGCAGUUAUGAGCCUGAUAAUCUUUUGUAGCUUAAAAGUGUGAAUAAGAUAUAUUUAUAUUGCAUCAAUUAUAAAUUUUCAUGAAACUUCUAAAAUCCCUCAAAAAAAAUUUUGUUUUUGAAUUUUUUGUUUGUGAAUUUUGAAACUACUGUUCUGUCCUGGCUGCCCAUACAUAAUGAAAGAAAAACAAUCAUAGGUACAUAAUAUUGAAAACAACAAAUCAGAAAAGAAAAGACCACAGUUUUUUAGACAAUUUUGGAGAUUGAACCAUUUACUUACCUGGGCUACUCAUCAUUUCAAUCAGAGUUUCUCAUAUUGCUUAGUUUUCAUUUUUUCAUAAAAACAUAUGAAGGCUCCAUAACCUUGGGUAUGGUGCAAAGAAAUGGUACUGUGAUUUCAGAAAAAAAAUGAAAAUAGGAUAGAAUUAGUAAGAGUACCGAAGCAUUAUAGGGUGCAAAGGCGAAAGAAAACAUUGUUUCAGGCAAAUGAAAAUGAAUAAAUCAUGAAUUAGUCUACACAUUUUCUAUUAUUUUGGCACACUGAAGGACCCCAGGGUUAUUUGUCAAAAAAAAAAGGACCCCAGGGUAUUUGUCAAAAAAAAAAAAAAA